AUGCAGUCGCCGUCUACGUCGCUUGAGAUGACGACUACGUCCCAGGAAUUGAAUUUCCCGCAAGGCGGUCGCUCAGUUCGAAAGAAAUUGCGCGACGCAGCCACUAUUUCGAAGGCCGAUGACAAUCUGGACGAUCACUAUGACCUCGGGGAUGUCGAUGAUGGCCGACCCAAAACUCGACGAGUGAAUCCACAGAGACUCGCUUUACGCCUUGGACCUGAACUUGUGGCCGAAAUGGAGGCGCUUAUCGUCCCUGGCGCCAAAAUGCCGACUUUCGCUGUUCGCAAGGACUUUCAAGAGCGAUACAACGUGGAUCGCAGGCAUAUAUACGACUAUUUUCAUUCCAGAGGCUUGCGAGUUGCGAAAGAAGACAAACAUACUAACCUGAUCAGAGGACGCGCCAUGAAGGCCGCAGCGGCUGCUGCAGCUGCAGCUGCGAUCACAACGCCUGUAGCUGACGCCGCAAGCACGCCUCAGGCCAUUGGUGACGCUCCCUCUGCUCAAGGACCUCCCCUCCAGCCGGUACAACCUCCGACGACUUCCAGUAGCAUGGUUCCUCCGGCAUUGAAGACAGCUACCAAACCAAGGGCGAAAGUCCAGAAGACCAUCAAAAAGAAACGGACCGAGAAAAUACCGCAAAAGAGAAUCUUCCUGGCGCCCGCUGACGAUGGAUCUCUGCAUACAUCCUCCAGCUCAAUCUCGGAUGCUUCACCCUUUUCUUCGACCGAGUCUCUGCCCUCCAUCUCGCGAAGACAGCCCACAAAUAACCCGAUCUACACACAUGGUGAAAGUCCUGACACCUCCAUUGACCCAACACCUGAUCCGUCUGCCGUGGUUUCUCAGUCUGAUGCUCGAACCUCUGUGUCUCUGGCGACUUCUCUAGGCAGCAGCCCGGCGCUCUUCCAGGACGAGAUAUCCUCCAUUGAUACUGAACACUACCUCAACUUCCUCGAAUCCCAGCAAUACCACUGCCAGGACUCAGAUCGCGCUCUUGGCAAGCAAGACAGCUCGGAGCUUUAUGCAUGCAUCCAUAAUGCCUUGCACUCGACCCUAUUGACCACGGAAGCUGCUAACUCAUACGACGCGUACACGAGGGACAGAGCGCUCUUCCCCAACCGCUACUCGAGCAUGUCCUUCGUAGCUCCAUACGGUUUUCAGAGCACAGAUCUUGCUAUAUCACCCUUCCAGGAUCAUUUUCCCUUUGGCGAUUCAUCCGAUCUUGUUGACCUUCGAAUGUGGCUGUCGGACGACCUCACUCAGGGAGAAGAUCACCAAAACCAUAUCAUUCCUAAUGCCGCCACCAGUUCAUUCGCACAGGCUCGCCAACCUUUGGUAGCAAGAUAUGCGAGUGACGGAACGAUCGUUUAUUCCAGACUAUCAUAG